AUGGGAAGCUGUCUGUGCGGAAAGGCUUCUGCCAGGGCUCAUUCACCGAAGUCUACUCUACAAGACCGUAUCACAACGGAGAAAGCUGGUCCGAAUGCUAGGUCGAGGUUCACAGGACGUGCUCCAGGCCACAACGGAGCGGGGGACGAUAUCCUCGUUCAAUGGCUUCAGGAGUAUGAGGACACCGGCUAUCCUCUGACGAUACUCGACCAACUCGACGCAGCGGAAGAGUUCGUGGAAACUUUUCCAGAGGAUCGCCGCAAGAAGCUCCAGUUCAAGAACGGAAGGCAGGGAAACAUGGCUUCGCAACUUCAAGGAGAGGCGAAAGUACAAGCUGCGCUUUGAAAGAGCAAGUAAGCAAGAGGAAGUUCGUUUCCAAGCUACACUGUCUGAUACGUAACUACUCACUUUAUAUCUUGGGAGACCUUUUGCAAGUUACACAACCCUGAGGUUAGGUUGAUUUUUAAAACUGACGAGAACCGAA